GGUGAUAUGAUUCUCACUUCACUCUUUUGCAUUUUAUCAGGUGUUUUUGUUGAACAAAGUGAUGAACAAGGCUACAGUGUGACAUAUGCCUCUACCAACAUCUGUGGUUUAAAGGGGUCAUUUGUGGACAUUCCCUGCACUUACUCAUAUCCAAGUGGUCGUCAAAUCAUAGAGGCAUUCUGGCACCUUAAACAGGGGAAGGUUGACUUGAGUCUGGACUCCAGAUAUCAGGGGCGUGUGGAAUAUCUUGGGGAUGAAGUGAACAACUGUACCCUACAAAUCAAGGAACUGAGAGACAAUGACACUCUGGAACAAUACAGAUUCAGAUUUAUAACUGAUGCCUCACAAGGGAAAUACUCUGGAUCUGAGGUCUCUCUGACACUUACAGAUUUUCAUGUGUCAGUGAGUCCAGAGCCUGUGAGAGAGGGAGACAAUGUGACAAUGACCUGCAGCACCACCUGCAGUCUGAGUACCAACCCCACCUACAUCUGGUACAGGAACUCACAGCCUCUGAGUAACUCACACACAACCAGCAACACACUGUCCAUACCGACAUUUAACGUGAGAGUGGAUGCUGGUUAUUACUCCUGUGCUUUAAGAGGACAUGAGGGUCACCCAUCACCGUCUGUCUGUGUUCUGAGUUGCUGGAGCGUGACCUACACCCCAACGAGCAUCUGUGCCUUGAAGGGCUCCUCAGUGGAGCUCCACAGCUAUUACACAUACCCUCGUGAUCAAACAAUUAUGAAGACACUCUGGUUUAUCACAUGGCCUCAUAAUAGAGAACCUGAUGAUUUGAUAGACGAUGAUAAUUAUCAGGGUCGGGUGACUUAUACCGGCGAUAACAAGAAUAGUCACACUCUGAGCAUAAGCAACUUGACCAUUAAUGACUCAAACAAGUAUCGCUUCAGGUUUAUAUCCCAAGAAGGAGGGAAGGUGGCUGGAUUUAAUCUCCGUCUCUCAGUUGCAGAUCUGCAGGUACAGAGUAAUCCUGCAGCUGUGAAGGAGGGAGACAAUGUGACACUGACCUGCAGCACCACCUGCAGUCUGAGUACCAACCCCACCUACAUCUGGUACAGGAACUCUCAGCCUCUGAGUAACUCACACACAACCAGAAACGCCUUUUUCAUACCUUCAGUUAGUUAUGCCAAUGAUGCUGGUUAUUACUCCUGUGCUGUAAGAGGACAUGAGGAUCAGCCAUCACCAUCUGUGUGUGUUCUGAGUUGCUGGAGUGUGACCUACACCCCACAGAGCAUCUGUGCCUUGAAGGGCUCCUCAGUGGAGCUCCACAGCUAUUACACAUACCCUCGUGAUCAAACAAUUAUGAAGACACUCUGGUUUAUCACAUGGCCUCAUAAUAGAGAACCUGAUGAUUUGAUAGACGAUGAUAAUUAUCAGGGUCGGGUGACUUAUACCGGCGAUAACAAGAAUAGCCACAUUCUGAGCAUAAGCAACUUAACCGUUAAUGACUCAAACAAGUAUCGCUUCAGGUUUAUAUCCCAAGAAGGAGGGAAGGUGGCUGGAUUUAAUCUCCGUCUCUCAGUUGCAGAUCUGCAGGUACAGAGUAAUCCUGCCCCAGUGAGGGAGGGAGACAAUGUGACACUGACCUGCAGCACCACCUGCAGUCUGAGUAACAACCCCACCUACAUCUGGUACAGGAACUCACAGCCUCUGAGUAUCUCACACACAACUAGCAACACACUGUCCAUACCUUCAGUUAACUUCUAUAAGGAUGCUGGUUAUUACUCCUGUGCUGUGAGAGGACAUGAGGAUCAGCCAUCACCAUCUGUGUGUGUUCUGAGUUGCUGGAGUGUGACCUACACCCCACAGAGCAUCUGUGCCUUGAAGGGCUCCUCAGUGGAGCUCCACAGCUAUUACACAUACCCUCGUGAUCAAACAAUUAUGAAGACAUUCUGGUUUAUCACAUGGCCUCAUAAUAGGGAGCCAAGUGAUUUGAUAGACAAUGAUAAUUAUCAGGGUCGGGUGACUUAUACCGGCGAAAACAAGAAUAGCCACAUUCUGAGCAUAAGCAACUUAACCAUUAAUGACUCAAACAAGUAUCGCUUCAGGUUUAUAUCCCAAGAAGGAGGGAAGGUGGCUGGAUCUAAUAUCCAUCUCUCAGUUACAGAUCUGCAGGUACAGAGUAAUCCUGCCCCAGUGAAGGAGGGAGACAAUGUGACACUGACCUGCAGCACCACCUGCAGUCUGAUUACCAACCCCACCUACAUCUGGUACAGGAACUCACAGCCUGUUGAUAAUCUACACACAACAGACAACAAGCUGGCUAUAGACUCAGUCAUCCCUGAAGAUGCAGGCAAAUACUCCUGUGCUGUUAUGGGACAUGAGAUUCACAGUUCACCUGAAAUGAUUCUUAGUGUGAGGUAUGCCCCAAGAAACACUUCAGCAUCAGUCCGUCCUUCUGGUGACCUUCAAGAGGGUGACUCAGUGACUCUGACCUGCAGUAGUGAUGCCAACCCUCCAGCACACAACUACACCUGGUACAGGAAGACCGAAAAUGAAACAUCUCUUCAGGGCAGAGGGAGGACUCUUGACAUCACUGUUAAAGCCACUUCUUGCCUCCUUGGUGUCUUUGGUAUGGAUGAACUUUAUCACUGUGAGGCACAAAAUGAGGUUGGCUCAAAGAACUCCACUGCAGUCAGGAUCUUUUUGCCAGUCCCCCCAAAAGACUCCCUCCGGACCCCUGCAGUUGUGGGCUUUAUUGUGGGCAUAUUGGCAGCACUAGUAGCAGGAGCUCUGAUAGGAGUUGCUCUCCAGAGAGGGGCUCUAGCCAGAGAGGUGAGAAACACCAGCACUGAGGCAGUCCAAGCUACCACCGCUGGUUCACAGCAGGCUGUCCAGCCUGGUCCUGCUGAUGACACAUACACAGGUCUUGACCUCACCACCAAAUCCCCUGAAUAUGACACUCUGGAUACUGCAGCUCAGGUUUGCUGCGGAGCUUCAGACUACGAGAACGUAAGAGCCCAGAGGGUUGCCUAAAGACAAGCUGACCUGAAGGAUCUGAAGGAAACAAAUCAGCCAUAACUGUGACUCUUUAGAAAGAUGCAAAAUAACUGUAACCAGAUCUUAAAAAAGCUCUUCUCUAAUGGAGGCUCAGGAGUGGAGUGAAUCAGCAAAAAUAGGUACAGUAGUUGGUCAUUUCCAUAGGCCUACCACGAGUUAUCCAACCUGGCUAUAUUCAUCAUGGCCUACACAUUGCUUCACACGCUUUUAGAUUUCUGUACUGAUUUUGGAUGAGAUACUGUUGUAAUAUCUCAAAUGUGACACUUUUCAGUCGUAGUUGUCAUGAAAAGAUAUGCCUCUUUGUUGACUUAUCAGUCAGGUUCUUAACAUAACAAGGCAUUUUUCUUUUCUACUUUUUUUGUUUUAAUUUAGGCAUUUAUACAUGAAUAAAUAUUUAUUAUUUUUUUAG